AUGUUGACCACAGCUAAGCGUCUUCCGAAGGCGCUUUCGCCGUACGCCCAAGCCCUAAAACAUGUUGCUCUCAGAGGGGCAGUUGCUUUUGGCAGGAGUGCCAAGGAAAUGGAGCUGGAUAUGUACCGCAAAGGGACACUGCCUGCCGACUACCGGCCCCCCGUUCAGGGGAAAUGGGACGACACCAUUGAACGUUGGGCAUACGCGUGGCAAUUCCCAGCUGAAGAGGAGCAGGAUGAUGUUGUAGGCGCAGUUGAGCGUAACUCUUCAGGUAUGCAGGCAUUGCUGGAGUUUGGUGACAGACUGCUGCGUUCACCGCCGUCCGCGCAGCCACUCUCUGGAAGAUGUUCGAUGGUGUAUCCUUCAGCUUUUGGUGAGUCUAACACCGCAACAGUAGAACUUCUACCACCUAUGACCAACUACGAGCACCUCGAGCAUGACGUCUCGGAACUUGUUUCAUCGAGUGGUGCUGCGUUCCCUGUUCUUGGAGCCAUAACUGCACGGGAGCUUUCGACUGAAGUAAAUGUCCCUGUAGCGUACAUUGAUGAUAAUUCAGAGGUCAGCAACGCGAGCAAACAGCUUGCGUGUAUAAUGGAGGAUUUUGGCCUUGAGUAUACAGAGGACGGCCUCAUCGUGGUGAUUUCAGCGCUUUCAAAACAGAAUUACGCCACAAUUAGUCGAACCAUUUUUGACUUUGCUUGUAUCGUUGGAUUGGGACCUUCCGCUGAACUCUACAAGGCAUUGAUGAAACAUGCUUCUCGGCGUGGUGACGUGAAUGAAUCAAUGGCUCUCAUAGAAGAAAUGAAAGAAAAGGGAAUCACACCACGCAUAGGGAAUUGGCAUGAACUCAUGCGAGCUUUUUACCAAGCAAAAGAUUACCCUGCAGUGAGUCAAAUUGUGGACAACAUGAAAAUGUAUGCUAAUAUCGAACCUAACGAAGUUACAUUUUCCCUGCAACUGAAGGCUCUGGCUAAGGACACAUCUCAGCUCAACUCUCUCGCUGAGGCUAUCCAAAUUUUCGAUCAAAUGGAAAAUGUUUACGGAUUUAUUGCAUCGCGUCCACAUUAUGAUAUAAUGAUGUAUCAUCUGAGCCAAAGUCCCAAGCCGGAAAUGCGGCUUCGAUGCGAAGAGUUGGCACACAAAAUGGAGCUUAUGGGUAUCGUAUGGGACUCUAACACAUACCUUAAUCUCAUUCGCUCGGCUCAAGUGGUUGGCGACAUUGAAGCGGUAGAGAAGUAUCUUAGUAAAAUGCGAGAUGAUGGAGUCAGAGUGGGUAUCAUACACUUAUCGUGGGCUAUUCAAUCAUAUGUACAGAGCAUGAUUCGGGUUGACUACGCCGCUUUAAAGGAAAAAUCAGAGGAUCCUUUACCUAUAUGGGUUGAUUAUCUUGAAAUUUGCUUUGGCAUUUACGAUUUAGUUGUUAGGCGUGGGUGGGCGAUGCAAUUGCCCUUUGUCAACGCACUUCUUCGUUUGUGCUGUCAGGCCACCAUACUCUCGAUGGAGCACACACCAGAUGAAACAACCACAAUCGGAAGAUUUGAAGAACAAUCCAACCGAAUUUGGAAUCAGACAUUUGAGGAAUGGCAGCUCAAGAAGGACACUUACAGCUAUGAAUGCUACAUUGCACUUUUGGCGCAUCAGCAACGAAUUGAUGAGGCAGAGAAACUUUUUCAAGAGAUGGUAUUGAAAGAUGAUCUGACACCCUCAAGAAGAACCUACGAUUGCAUGGUUUUCAUGCAUUUGUCAUCAGGUGAGGAAGGAGGCACAGCAAGAGCACUACGGUAUCUGGAAGCCAUGGAACGUGCCGGUAUUCAAAUAAAACCAUCGUUCUUGAAGAAAAUUGUUCGUGUAAAUAAUGCAGCGGGGUACAAGCGUGAUAUGAAGCGACGUGCACGGCGCAUUAUGCAAGCGAGGGAGGAAUAUCUGGCGAGGAAGGAAGGGGGUAUGGGCUUUGAUGAUGAGCCAGCGCCAAAGGAGGAUACUGACUCUGAGGGGAAUCCGGUCCUUGCCCCCUUGCCAAUUGCGGCCACGUCAACACUCGCGUGGUGGGAAAAAUGGAAAAAAGAAACCACAAACAAGCAUGAGCUGUUUGCUGAAGAAAACUCGGAUGGUACCCCCAAGGGCGAGAAUUUUCAGGAGAAAAACGACGCCCUCCGGCAGAUGGGAAUCUCGUCUUCUUUCCCGACCAAGGAGGACGUUCCAAAUCUUAACAAACAAAGGCUACUGCCCCUCCUACGCUCACAGGAGGGUGAGGUUGCUGGCAGCCUUUGGGCCAUGGACGGUGGAGAGCUUUCAUAUCCAAAGGAUGGAGGCGGGCCGCAGGGCUGGGGUGUGCGUCUGUGGCGUGAACGGCAACUCAUCAAGCAAGAAUACCAAAAGAGUGUCGAGGGGUCGCAGCCGGUGCCUCAGUUUUCACCCUUGGGAAACUCUAUACGGACUGUUGGAGACCAGGUGGACAUCGAGAGGAGUGGUGCCAGUUCGCCAGGGGAUCUGUCCGACUACCGCCAGUAUCCGGAUCAUCGCUACGACGAUGGAAAGCUGAAGUCGCAUUCGGAAAUGGCACCGCCUGUGCCUCUUUCUGCAGAGCUGGUGUGGCAGGGAGAGGCUCGCGACAAGCUGUCACCCUACAAAACGGAUGAGGAAAUAGCACUGGAAAAUGACAAUACGUUCUUCUCAGAUUUGUCCAAGGAAGCGAGGGAAAAAGUGAGUGCGUCAGUGAAGGCUAUACAGAAGAAGGAAGAGAAUGCUGUGGAAUUAAAAGGAAAAGGUGUAACCAGGCGAUCAAAGUAUGACUAUUUGGAGAAGUGGCGAGAUAUGUACCGCCAUGGCACCCUUGAGGUCCCUGAGGGGCCAACGCUGCGUUUUGGCCGAAGCCCAGAUGAUCACAAGGAGACAAUGGCAUCCUUGGUGCGUGAGUGGUAUCAGCGAAAUAAGGGGAGCCCAGCUACAACGGAGAAACUCGAACGAUGGGAAGUUGAUUCACAACGAGACAGGGAGGCGUCGGCGUCCAGGAAGGCGCUUAAGAAACUGAACCGUUCAAGACGACCCAAAAGACAUGAAUGA